UAAAGCGCGCGGGCAGCCGGGAAGGACGUCCUGAACUCAGCCGGCGUAGUGCCUUCCAUUCUCACUAUUCCCAACUAUCUAACUUUCUUCGCCAUUUCUGGGCAUGUUUGUGACGGAAUUCUAAAUUUUCUCCACUUUUAUUCACCGAAACCGAUCAUAUGUUUAUACAAGAAUACAUUGAAGAAGAUGAAGAACCACCUUUGCUGCUCAGCUCUUGUUCUUCUCACGGUGUUUGGCUGUCGUGAAACUGCAGCUGUGCAGUGUCAGUGGGAAGUAGGGUGUAUGUGUCUUGAAUGCCCCGCCGGCCAAGAACCUUCAAAACCUUGUGGUCAGAUCCAGAGUCGGACAGAGGAAGUGCAGUGUCGUUCAUGCCAGACAGGAACCUUCUCAGACUCAUUAGACUCUGAAGUGUGUCGUCCACACUCUUCCUGCAAGCUCCGUGGGAGAACACUUGUCGUCUCUGGCUCUGCAAACUCUGAUGUAGUGUGUGGAGACUGUCUGCCUGGAUUUAACAUAAAACCUGGGUUGGGAAAUGAUUCAGUCAAAACCCCCUGUGUGAAGAUGAGUGUGCAUAUUAGAAGCAUGCGUACAGUGGGGCAUGGCUUAGAGGGUGGUUCUGGAGGGCCAGUCAACGACACAGUGGUGCGCAGUGCUGAGGAGAAGACAGCCGAGUAUGCCGUUUUCGCCUUAGUGCCUAUCUUCUGUGUGAUGGGCUUGCUGGGUAUUGUGAUCUGCAACCUCUUGAAGAAGAAAGGAUGCCGCUGCAAUGCCGAGAAGGACGCGGUUGAUGCAGAAGCUGCCGCACCUGAGAGAGAAGGUAUUGAUUAUGCUGACCUGAAUGAAGACACUAUCGGUGUUCUAGUCCGCCUGAUAACUGAGAAAAAAGAAAAUGCUGCUGCAUUAGAAGAACUGCUGCAGGAGUAUGAGAGCAAAGAGAUGGCGCUGAACAAAGUCUCAUCAGUCAAGUUUCCAAUGCUGUCUCCCCUGUCCUCAUUCUGCACCCUUCCCAGACUUUGCCCCCAUCAGUCACACCUCCACACAAUCUCCGGCCUCUCUGGAUUAGGACUAAAGCACGACUACCGUUGCUCCCGAUGUGCCCAAAAAAAAUGGCCCACUCUCCUCAUACCCCCUCUGGAUUCCCUUAGAGAUCCCUGUAAACCCCCACAGACUCUUCUCCUUUCCUCCCGGAAAGCAUCCACUGAACAGAAGAGAGCCCCCCUGCUGACAGGAAUGUCUGUUAACACUCCACGUAUGCAACCUGUGAUGCCAAAUACGGUGCAGGAGACCGUGGAGGGCAAUGAAGCAAAGGAAUGGACUGAGGGGGGCUUGAAAGUUCUGUCUGUGGGAAGAUUUCAAGUGGCUCAGAUUCCUGAAUACAAACCAGUCAUAGAAGAAACGAGGGCCCCAGUCCAGGAGCAACGUAAAUCCUUUUUUGGUGGGAUUCAGUUUUCGUCAUCUACAUUAGCAGGCCUCAUGAGGUGACUGAAGAUACUGCACGAUAAUACUACCUCUGCAAAGGGCAACCACUACCGCAGGCUUGCAGCACGACACCAACAUUUAACCAACUGUUGCAAGGGAGUGUUUCAUGAAGAGCAAAAUGAAACAAAAAAGAAUGAACAGCAUGAAGCUAAUCAAAAGAUAAAAUGAGGAUAAGAACUUAAAUUGACUAGAGGGGUUUAUGCUAUGUUUAUGGAUUAGCAGCUGUCAUUGCUCUGCACUUUAAGGGCAGGCGGGAGGAAGAAUACAUCAUAGUGUUUGAACUUCCAUAACAAAACUCAAGUAAACUCUCAUGGUUAUGCAAUAGACACUUUCUUCUCCGUGUAAGGGGAGAAUAACCCUAUGGGUGAAAAGAUCAUGUGCGUAAACAUUCAUACAGUGGUAUGAAAAAGUAUCUGUACCUUUAGGAAUUUCUCACAUUUGUGCAUAAAAUCACCAUCAAAUAUGAUUUAUUCUUUGCCAAAAUCACACAAAUGAAAAAACAGUGUCUGCCUUAACUACAACCACCCAAACAUUUAUAGGUUUUCAUAUUUUAAUGAGGGUAGUAUGCAAACAAUGUCAUAAGGGGGGAAAUAAAGUAAGUGAACCAUUAGAUUUAAUAUUUUGUGGCACCCCCUUUGGCAGCAAUAACUUCAACCAGACGCUUCCUGUACCUGCAGAUCAGUCUGGCACAUCGAUUAGGACUAAUCUUGGCCUAUUCUUUUCUACAAAACUGCUGUAGUUCAGUGAGAUUCCUGGGAUGUCUUGCAUGAAUCGCCGUCUUUAGGUCAUGCCACAGCAUCUCAAUGGGGUUCAAAUCUGGACUUUGACUUGGCCACUCCAGAACGUGUAUUUUGUUCUUCUGAAACUAUUCUGAAGUUGAUCUACUUCUUUGUUUUGGAUCAUUGUCUUGUUGCAGCAUCCAUCCUCUUUUUAGCUUCAAUUGUCUGACAGAUGGCCUCUAGUUUUUCUUCAAAACAUCCUGAUAAACCUUUGAAUUCACUCUUCUAUUAAUGAUUGCAAGAUGUCCAUGUCCUGAGGUAGCAAAACAGCCCCAAAUCAUAAUGCUCCUUCCACCAUGCUUCACGGUGGGGAUGAUCAAGCGCAGCCCAUCCCUCCUCCCGCAGCCCAGCAAAGAAGCCAUCGCCCCCCCCCCCCCCCAACCGGACUUCAGGGAUGGCAAAAGGGGACGCAUCACCAACCCCACGCCUACCCCCACCCGGACCACGAGCCACAGCCGCAGCACAGUCCCCCAACCAGCACGGCACGCCGCGGGACUCCCAGGUGCCCACCAAGCCCAGGGCAGGGCAGGGUCCCCCGCCGGUGCAGGCAACACCCAGCCGAUACACCGGCGCCCAGACAGCAACCCGGAGCACAGGGCGGAUAUCCAGUCAGAGAAGAGAGGGGAACGCCGAGGAACCGCCACGGGGCGACGCAAGAUCGGCGCCCCGACAACCCACCCCCCACUCGCGGGGCCGGCAGCCCAGGCAGAGGGGUGUCCACGCCCCAGGAGCCACGCCAUAGGGAGAAAGUGGGGGACCCACCUACCACCCUAUUACUGUGGCUGCCAGGUUCCCGGCUGGCAGCCAUCACCCAGCACCGUGAUGGGAUUGUGAGGGGAGGGUAGUGCAAUGUAUGCAUUAAAAUAGGAGAGCUUGGCUUGGGGCAGUGGGACCGCAGCAUGGAAUUUCUACCCAGCCGCCCGUCCCACCGCCCUUUGCCAGAGCUCUCCUGUGGAGAAUGGUGUGUGUGGUGCGUUUAAAAAGGUGCAGGAAUGGCGGGGCCUGUCGUGAGGAGGUAACCGUGAGGCAUCCGCCCCAACAGGUCCCAACCAUCCCACAACCUUGGUGUGUAAUGCAUUAAAAACAGGGGGGAGCCGAAACUCUCCCCGGAGAAAUGUAUGAGUAUGUAAGUGCAAGGGUGGAAGAUAUUUACAGUGCCGAAGUGAGAAGUGCGUGGCGCGGGCGUGGCCCCGUCCACCGGAACCACCGGCCGCAGGGCGGGAAAAACACCAGGGCCCCCGAUCAAUUCCCACCCCAGACCACCCACGGCGCCUCCGAAACUGCCCGACUGCCCGAGCACCCACCCCGCACUCCGAGCAGGUGCUAUGCUAAGCGCUGGCAACCAGGGUACGUCCACCCCACCGGCAAGGGACAGCAAGCCCUACCCAAGGCUCUGAGGGCCCCAAGAGGCCCCGUCGACGACCCCACCAGCAGGGGGGCAGCAGCGGUCGCAGCGGCCCAGAGAGGCGGACAGGGCGGAGACAGACCAAGGGGACAGAAGCGCACCCCCCUCUAAGCAACCCCAUCCAGACUUUUAGAGAUGGUUUUGUAUCCUUUCCCAGCUUUAUACAAAUCAACAAUCCUUGAUCGCAGGUCUUCAGACAGCUUUUUUGACCGAGCAGUGAUGCACAUCAGACAAUGCUUCUCAUCAAGACAUUUCUUACCAGGUGUGUGUUUUAUAGUGGGCAUGGCAGCUUUAAACCACUCAUCAGCGAUUAGGCACACACCUGACUUAAAAUGUUUGGUAAAAAUUGGUUUCAAUUGCUCAUUAAGUCUUCUUAGGCAGAGGGUUCACUUAUUUACCAUGCAAACAAUGACAGAAGGAGAAACCCUUGUGUCAUUGUUUGCAUGCUAACCUCAUUAAAUUAUGAAAACCUGUUUGGGUGGUUUUCGUUCAAGCAGACUGUAUUUUCAUCUGUGUGAUUUUGACAUAAAUCACAUUUGAUGGUGAUUUUAUUCAGGAAUGUGAGAAAUCCCAAAAGGUUCAGAUACUUUUUCAUACCACUGUAUAGUUAGUGUGCAAAUGACCAUCUGGUAGUUUCAAACUAUACCACAACAGCAGUUGGGUAAGAUGAAAAGAAAUAAAAAUAGUGAUUAAUAUUGCCUCUUAAGCUUCUGCGUUAUCUGGGUGUUUAGUCAUGCCUAGAUAAAUGAGUUGAAUAGAAAGUAUUUACAUCUACUCCAAUUCAUGGGACAGUCCAGAUUUGGAGGACAUUUUACGACCCCAUCAAAUUUGAAAUAAUACACAUGCAAAGUAUGCAAAGUAAAUUUACUUGUCUUGAGAUGAAGUCUAAAAAUAAAAACCAAAACCUUGAGAAAUGAAGGAUGGAAAAUAGUUUUAAAAAUACCAAGCUGUCUCUCGCAACUGUAGGAACGUCUGAUUUGAUAAGCAUCUUUCAAAUUAUUUGUUGAACAUCUGCCCCACAACAUGCAUGGUAAAAGAGCAGUUUUCCAAAAUAAUGGAUAGAGCACAUUUUCGUCUGUUUUUUAAAUUCUAUUGUUAUGCAUACGAUUAGAUUAAGACAAUUUUUUUUUUUCUUAUUUACGUAAGUAAGUCCUCUAGGUCAUCAGUAACAGCUAGCUAUACAACUAACUUUUUUUCCUAAAAUAAAGUUAACAUUAGUCUGACACUUGCAACACUUGAUCUAGCCUUUGCUAGCUAGUUUAUUCCAAAUUAUUGAUGAAUAUGUAGCAGAAAGUCAGAAAAAGGAAGGUUUAUUUUUGGAGAAUUUCCAAGCUCGAAUGUCGUCCAAUGCUUGAAAGACCCCAAUAUGUUUUCAAAUUCAGUUUUUGAAGCAUUCUGCAUGAGUGAAUCACGAGAAAAAAAAAGUUACAUCAGUCUUUGUACCCAAAAAAAAUGAAAAAUGAGUAUGUGACGACAGGUAGAGUAUUUCUAUGAUGUUAUACAUUUGACAUAACUGCGCGUACAAAAACAUCAAUGUUAAGAAAUCAAAGCAUUAAAUUGCAGCAGUCAGAUACUUGAACAAGUCAUUCGUUAAUCAAAACUCGAACGCUUGCAUUUUAAAAGAUUAAUAUGUACAUAUAAAGAGGUAUGGAAAAGGUUUGAGCACUCCAGAUUUUGCACCAGCAAUUUUAGUUAAACAAAUCAUUGGAGACAAACAGUAAUAUUUGAGAAGUAGUGAAGGAAAGUGUGCAAUUAUUUCAACAGAAGAAGUUUUGUAUAAAUUGGGGCACCCAAACAGAAUUUAUUUUGCAAAAAUAACAGCCUCUAAACACUUUCUAUACCUUCCAAAAAGGGUGUAUAUUUUGAAGAAAUGUUGUUCCAUUCUUCUUAACAAAACAUCUCUGCUUAUCUGAGAUUUUUCUUAGCCUGCCACUAAAGGCCCUAAUUAGGACUGUGCUUGUGGUCGGUGGUAUAUAGUACUAGUACACGUACUUGUUGUACAGUACACCAUAGCCUUCACUAUCAGUUGACGGGACACGGGGCCUAUCCGUAGGGGGCCUGUUCUCAAAAACUUGAAAUUCAAAUAUUUUCAAAACCAAAGCCGCUAGCGACCUAAAACCAAAACAGACACUUGAGCCAUUUCAUGAAUAAUUGAAGUUGAAAUUUUGCAUAUUGUUUCUUCAACUGAAAUUGCUGAUCCAUACAACCAGAUUUUUUAAAUUGAAAAUGACCAAGGGUGCCCAAACUUUUUCAUCCAACUGUAUUUGUAAAAUGUUUAACUUAUUUCCACUCAUAACUUAUUUUUACAUCUUCAAAAGAACUCACGUACUGUAUAUUUAUGAAAUGUGAUUGCUGAGGGUUUAGUGGUUUUAGUUGACAACUACAUCAUAUUUUAGCACUUUUAAUGCUUUUUUCACAAUGUUACUAAGAAUAUGACAACACAUUGAAAGAAUGUGUCUUUCAAUCAAGAUCAUGCUUGUAACUUACAUUUUUCUGUCUUGCAUGUGCUCAAUCUGAAAUUGUUGCUGGACAUUAAAAAUGCAUCUCAGUGUCACUUUUGGGUUAAUGUAUAUUGUCAUUGUUGUAAUAAACGGAGGGAAUUUUUAA